CACUGUUUCUUCUUUUUCUGGACACUGAUGUACCAGGCUCAUCUCCUGUAGUAUGUCUGCAGACUCUGGUCAUCUCCUGUACUAUAUCCGCAGCCUCUGGUCAUCUCCUGUACUAUGUCCGCAGUCUCUUGUCAUCUCCUGUACUAUGUCCGCAGUCUCUGGUCAUCUCCUGUAGUAUGUCCGCAGUCUCUGGUCAUCUCCUGUAGUAUGUCCACAGUCACUAGUCAUCUCCUGUACUAUGUCCGCAGUCUCUUGUCAUUUCCUGUACUAUGUCCGCAGUCUCUGGUCAUCUCCUGUACUAUGUCCGCAGUCUCUGGUCAUCUCCUGUACUAUGUCUGCAGUCUCUGGUCAUCUCCUGUACUAUAUCCGCAGUCUCUGGUCAUCUCCUGUAGUAUGUCCGCAGUCUCUGGCCAUCUCCUGUAGUAUGUCUGCAGUCUCUGGUCAUCUCCUGUAAUAUGUCCGCAGUCUCUGGUCAUCUCCUGUACUAUGUCCGCAGUCUCUGGUCAUCUCCUGUACUAUGUCUGCAGUCUCUGGUCAUCUCCUGAACUAUAUCCGCAGUCUCUGGUCAUCUCCUGUAGUAUGUCCGCAGUCUCUGGCCAUCUCCUG